UUUUUUUUUAUUACAUAGUAUUCUAAUAAAAACAUGAUAAGACAUAAUUAUUAAAAAUUCGAUAGCUUAAUUAAAUCUCAAUAGGAACCGAAAUCUUUUUAGGAUUUUUAUUAGAACACUAUGCCGUAAAAAAACAUCAUUAGAAUCGGAAGGGAACAUUUGAGACGGCUCUCUGUGUAUAGUUCUAUCUACGGAAAAUUCACUGUUUAUAUAAAAUCUUUUUGUCCUAUUGUAGGUUUUGAUCCAGUAAUCGGUAAAACUAUUACUGCUAAAUAUGCUGGUAAUCUUUAUCAUGAAGUACAACAAGAUAAUGGUGAUCGAUAUGUUUUAACAUGUCGACCAGAAAAAUUACGUGAAUAUCAUCAUCGUUUAAUACGAAUGUUAAAUUUGUUACGAAAACGUUUAUUAUUUAUAACUAAUGGAUCACGUCGUCUAUUUGGAACAAUUGGUGAACCAAAUGUAUGCCUUAUAUGUGAUUGUAAAACAUUUGAUCAUCGAAUAUUUAAUCAAUUUCAAGUAUCUUUAACAAAUUUACUUAAAGAACAAAUUAUUAAGAUUAAAAAAUUUAAUAUUAUUUGGGUUUCAAAUGAUAAUGAACAAUUUCGAGAACAACCUGUCGAUGCCAACGCAUCGAAUAUUGAUCGAGCAAUCGAUUGGAUAUGUGAUCGAAAAUGUCCUCGAAAUAAAAUAUCAAUAAGCGCAACAUGUGAAGCCGUUGUUAAAGCAUUUAAUAAUAAUGUUCAAAGCAUUUAUUUGAUUAGUGAAGGUGAUUCAUCAGAUUUAGCUCGUGAAAUGUUACGUGAUAAUAUAGUUAAAACACGUCUUUCAUCAACUUCUCCAAUACCUCUUCAUGUUGUUUCAUUAUUUUGUAAUAAUAAUGAUACACAAGUAUUUCUACGUUCAAUUGCACAAUGUGCUGAUGGAAGUUAUUUUUGUUAUAAAAUUAAAAAUGAAAUAUCUGAUUUAAAAGCUCCAGCAAAUUUAAAUGAUCCAACACGAAUUAAAUUACAAGAUGAUAAAUUACAAAUUGGUACGAAUGCUUUAACACCUUUACCUGAAUAUCCACUUGAUAUAACAUUAAUGUAUAAAGAAGUAAUUGAAUGUCAAAAUGUAAUUGAUCGAAUAGAAAAAAUUCUUGGAUUUAUUCGAGAUGAAAAUCAAAAUCCAGUCAAAUCAUUUGAUUCAACAAAAUCAAUUGAUGCAUUCAAUGUAUCUGGUGAUAAUAAUUUUCAACGUAGUCUUGUUGUUCAAUCAUCUGCUUUAUUUAAUGAUGAAGAAAAAGAUAUGACAUCAGCAGAUUGGUUGAAUACCUAUGGAAUAGAUGCACAAAAACUUGAUUUUUUUUCUGUUCUUCAAUCAGCAGCGUUUCGACAUUGUGAUGGAGUUGUUAAAUUAUUAAAACCACCAGAAACUUCCAAUGAUGUAACUGCUAGUACUCCAGCUAAUCCUCAAGAUAAACUGAUAAAUGCAAUAUAUUGUGAUGAAUUUGCACAUGUCACUUGGCCAGAUGGUACCAUUCGACAUGUUCAUGUUACACCUGAACUAUAUCGAGAUUAUGAAAAACGAAUACGAGCUUUACUUGAAAAACUUAAAGCAAGAUUAGCAUGGUUAAAAAAAGGCAGCCGAGAUGUAUUUGGUGCUGUUUUAGAAAAUAAUAUCUAUAUUUUAAUUGAUACAUCACAAAGUAUGCAACAUCAUUUAGGUUUUGUUAAAGAAAAACUUCGUUUACUUAUACAAGAUCAAUUAUUUGCUAAAGAACGUAUUAAUGUUGUUGCAUUUAAUUCUAUAAUUAAUCCAUGGCGUGAUCGUUUAACAAAAAUUAAUGAUUCAACAACAUAUUCACAACUUCAACCAUGGAUUGAUGGACUUAAUGCUGAAGGAUCAACAAAUACAUUAGCUGCACUUCGUUUUGCACUUGCUGAUCCAGCUACUGAAGCUAUUUAUCUUUUAACUGAUGGACGACCUGAUCAAAAAGAACGACAUAUUCUUUCACAAGUACAAUAUCGUCAAACAGUUCCAAUACAUACAAUAGCUUUUAAUUGUAAUGAUCAAACAGCAAAUCAAUUUCUUUUUGAUUUAGCUAAACAAACAGGUGGACGUUUUCAUACAUUUAAUUAUGGAUUUGAAAAACAAAUUUCAAUUGAAAUACCUGAGAGUGAAGAUGUUGGUAGUCUGAAAAACGAAUUAACACGUGGUGGAAAAGAAUUAGAACGUAUAGCUGCUCUACGUGAUGAAUGUUUGGGUCGAGCAUGGUCACGUGAAAAUCCACAAACAAAAGUAUCAAAAUCUAAAAGUCAACAAAUUAAUAAUAAUGAUAAAUCUGCAUUAGUUAAAAGUCAAAGUCCACUUGAUGUUCCAUUUCGACCAAGAAGUGGUAUGUGA